CGCGCCCGUCCGCCCCGCCCCGCCCUGUCGCUAUAAAGGGACCGCGGGAGCUAAGCUCCACUCCAAGCUAGCUCCAGCGUCUUGGAUCCGCUUCCAUCGCUUUCUGCGGGCGUUUGUUAGAUCCCUCCCCGCCACAGCCAAAAUGGUGAAGCUGAUCGAAAGCAAGGAAGCUUUUCAGGAGGCCCUGAACUCUGCAGGAGAUAAGCUUGUGGUGGUGGACUUCUCAGCCACGUGGUGUGGACCUUGCAAGAUGAUCAAACCCUUCUUUCAUUCCCUCUGUGAAAAGUAUUCCAAUGUGGUAUUCCUGGAGGUAGAUGUGGAUGACUGCCAGGAUGUUGCUGCAGAUUGUGAAGUUAAAUGCAUGCCGACCUUCCAGUUUUAUAAAAAGGGUGAAAAGGUGGGUGAAUUUUCUGGAGCUAACAAGGAAAAACUUGAAGCCACUAUUAAUGAAUUUGCCUAAUCAUGUCCUGAAAGGCAUGCCCAGCCACCAGCUGUUUAAAGCCUGUAAUUUUUUUAAUUUGCAACAAAGUAUGAGGUAUGGAGAUUCUAUACCCAACUGCCAUCUGAUUAUAAAUGACAAUAAAAUAUUAAUUCUACCCUUUUUAAAACUG